UUUCGAUAUUUGUGUGACGUGUGCGGCUUGGCCCGAAAAAAUGAAGCUUUUGGGCCUUUUAACAUUAAUUGCGUGCGUUUACGCCAAAGCAAAUGCGCAAGGAAACACUCUGGUCCUCCUGGACAAUCAGGUUAUUCGGGAAACCCACUCGAUCUUUUUCAGAUCGCUCCAAGAAAGAGGCUACACGCUUACGUUUAAAAUCGCCGAUGAUUCGUCUUUGGUACUCAGCAAAUACGGCGAAUAUUUGUAUCAAAAUUUGAUUAUUUUUGCACCGUCCGUCGAAGAAUUCGGGGGCAACUUGAGUGUCGACACCAUCACGCAGUUCAUUGACGACGGUGGUAAUGUUCUGCUGGCCGGAAGCAGCGUAACCGGCGACGUUUUGCGUGAAUUGGCGUCCGAAUGUGGAUUUGAAGUAGAUGAAGAAGGAGCUUUUGUUAUUGAUCACUUGAUAUACGAUGUUUCUGAUGAUGGACAACACACCAAAUUGGCUUUGAGUGCUGAAAAUUUAAUUGAUGCACCCGUUAUUGUUGGCGCCAAGAAAACCAUCAAACCUUUAUUGUAUCAAGGUACUGGCAUUUUGACUGAUCCUGAGAAUCCUCUUGUUUUGCCCUUAUUGUCUGCUGACAGUACUUCUUACAGUUACAACCCAGAUCAACCCAUAAAAGAGUAUCCUCAUGCUAUUGGAAAAGAUACCGUUUUAAUAGCUGGUUUACAAGCAAGGAAUAAUGCAAGGGUUGUAUUUAGUGGUUCCUUAGCCUUUUUCUCUGAUGAAUACUUUACUUCUUCUGUUCAAAGAGCUCAUGGUAACUUGAAAUCUGCAAAAUCAGGAAAUGAAGAGGUAGCAACAUCAAUCAGUCAAUGGGUAUUCAAAGAACAUGGCCAGUUAAGGGUGAAAUCCGUAAAUCAUCACAAAGAAGGCGAGAAAUUCCCACCUCAAGAUUACACAAUCAUGGAAAACGUGAUAUACACUAUUGAAGUAGAUAUUUUAGAAAAGGGUGAAUGGAAACCUUUCACUGUUGAUGAUAUUCAAUUAGAGUUUGUCAGGAUCGAUCCCUUCGUUCGUACCACAUUACAACGUUUGCCGAACGGAAAAUAUCAAGCCAACUUUAAAAUACCUGACGUUUAUGGCGUUUACCAGUUCAAGGUGGAUUAUGACAGGGUAGGAUACACAAGACUAUUCAGCACUACUCAAGUAUCAGUUAGACCUUUACAACAUACUCAGUAUGAGAGAUUUAUCUCGUGCGCCUAUCCCUAUUAUGCUGGAGCUUUCAGCAUGAUGUUUGGUGUGUUCAUUUUCUCAUUUGUCUUUUUGCACAUGAAGGAGGAUGAAAAGAAAUCCAAGAGUGAAUAGUUUUGUAUUAAUUUAAUUUGUCUAAGUGUAAUAAAAACAUUACAAUAUAA